GCAGCGGCUGACGGCGGGGGAGGAGCCGGGUCCACUGCCGGGUGGAGGGGCAAGGCGAGUGUGUGUCCUUAUCCUAGCAAUUGGGGCGCGGGCCUGUGAGCCAGUUGGAGUUGCGGCGGCGGGAACGAUUGGGCCGAGCAGAGGACGACAUGUUGCUUUUCGUGGAGCAGGUAACAUCUAAAGGAACUGGUUUAAAUCCUAAUGCCAAAGUAUGGCAAGAAAUUGCUCCUGGAAAUACUGAUGCCACCCCAGUAACUCAUGGAACUGAAAGCUCUUGGCAUGAAACAGCAGCUACAUCAGGUGCUCAUCCUGAGGGUAAUGCAGAGCUCUCAGAAGAUACAUGUAAAGAAUAUGAAGUAAUGUAUUCUUCAUCUUGUGAAACCACAAGAAAUACUACAGGCAUUGAAGAAUCAACUGAUGGGAUGAUUUUAGGACCAGAAGAUCUGAGUUACCAAAUAUAUGAUGUUUCCGGUAAAGUUUAUGGUUUUAUUGUUAAAAUGGGAAUUCAGUACAGAACACGCCCCCACCCAUGGUCUCUUUAUCCUUGUUCUGAUAAACCUUUGGCAUUAUUUUCUUAUUUGAAAAGAAGAGUCAUUUUUGGCAAAAUAGUGCUUUUUAAUAAUUGCUUGUUUUAUAGGACUAUUUUGUUUGUUCUUUUCAGAGAAAAUUUGUCAAAGGAUCUUUACUUGAUAUCUCAAAUGGAUAGUGAUCAGUUCAUCCCAAUUUGGACAGUUGCCAACAUGGAAGAAAUAAAAAAGUUGACUACAGACCCUGAUCUAAUUCUUGAAGUGUUAAGAUCUUCUCCCAUGGUGCAAGUUGAUGAGAAGGGUGAGAAAGUGAGACCAAGUCAUAAGCGUUGUAUUGUAAUUCUUAGAGAGAUUCCUGAAACAACACCAAUAGAGGAAGUGAAAGCUUUGUUCAAAAGUGAAAACUGCCCCAAAGUGAUAAGCUGUGAAUUUGCACACAAUAGCAACUGGUAUAUCACUUUCCAGUCAGACACAGAUGCACAACAGGCUUUUAAAUACUUAAGAGAAGAAGUUAAAACAUUUCAGGGCAAGCCAAUUAUGGCAAGGAUAAAAGCCAUCAAUACAUUUUUUGCUAAGAAUGGUUAUCGAUUAAUGGAUUCUAGUAUCUAUAGUCAGCCCAUUCAAACUCAAGCACAGUAUGCCUCCCCAGUCUUUAUGCAGCCUGUAUAUAAUCCUCACCAACAGUACUCGGUCUAUAGUAUUGUGCCUCAGUCUUGGUCUCCAAAUCCUACACCUUACUUUGAAACACCACUGGCUCCCUUUCCCAAUGGUAGUUUUGUGAAUGGCUUUAAUUCGCCAGGAUCUUAUAAAACAAAUGCUGCUGCUAUGAAUAUGGGUCGACCAUUCCAAAAAAAUCGUGUGAAGCCUCAUUUUAGGUCAUCCAGUGGUUCAGAACACUCAACAGAGGGCUCUGUAUCCUUGGGGGAUGGACAGUUGAAUAGAUCUAGUUCAAGAAACCUUCCAACUGAACGGCAUAACCCUACAGUAACUGGGCAUCAGGAGCAAACUUACCUUCAAAAGGAGACUUCCACUUUGCAGAUGGAACAGAACGGGGACUAUGGUAGGGGCAGGAGAACUCUCUUCAGAGGUCGAAGACGACGAGAAGAUGACAGGAUCUCAAGACCUCAUCCUUCAGCAGCUGAAUCAAAGGCUCCAACACCAAAGUUUGACUUGUUAGCCUCAAAUUUUCCACCUUUACCUGGAAGUUCAUCAAGAAUGCCAGGUGAACUCAUUUUGGAGAAUAGGAUGUCUGAUGUUGUUAAAGGUGUCUACAAAGAAAAGGAUAAUGAAGAGUUGAGAGUUAGUUGCCCAGUGCCUGCAGAUGAGCAGACAGAAUGCACUUCUGCCCAACAACUCAAUAUGAGUUCCUGUUCUCCAUGUGCUGCUGAGCUUACUGCAUUAAGCACAACUCAGCAAGAAAAGGAUCUAAUAGAGGAUUCCUCUGUUCAGAAGGAUGGUCUCAACCAGGCAACUAUGCCAGUUUCUCCUCCAAGUACUACAAAGCCAUCGAGGGCAAGUACUGCUUCACCAUGUAAUAAUAACAUAAAUGCAGCUAUAGCUGUGGCUCUACAGGAGCCCCGAAAGUUAAGCUAUGCUGAAGUGUGCCAGAAGCCCCCUAAAGAGCCAUCUUCAGUUCUUGUGCAGCCACUACGGGAACUUCGCUCUAAUGUGGUGUCUCCCACCAAAAAUGAAGACAGUGGAGCUCCUGAGAACUCCGUUGAGAAACCACAUGAGAAGUCAGAAGCAAGGGCUAGUAAGGAUUAUUCUGGCUUCCGAGGCAAUACAAUCCCCAGGGGAGCAGCUGGAAAAAUCAGGGAACAGAGACGCCAGUUUAGCCAUAGGGCUAUACCUCAGGGAGUGACUCGACGUAAUGGCAAAGAGCAAUAUGUGCCACCCAGAUCACCAAAGUAAAAAACAACAAAACUAUUCAAAAACUUCUCUCUCUUCCCAUUAAACUUGAGCUGUGGCUAUAUUGAACUGUUUUGGAGGGGAGGGGGUAGCCAGGAAGGAAACAGGAGAAAGUACAUCCUUAAAUCAUUAUGGAUUUUGGAGUUGUGAGUGAUAGGAUCCCAAAAUUCAUCUCUAAUGUGAUUUUUAAAUGCUGGAGGAUUCCAAUCAAUAUAAAUAUAUAUAUAUAUAUAUACACACAUAUAUAAAAUAUAAUUUUUCUAUUUUUGUUUUUGGUUUUAAUUUGCAGAGAUUUGCUGCCAGGAAUCAAUUUUGAGGGUUCAGAUUUAGCUUGGAGGAAAAAAAAAUUAUACAUCCUUCAGUAUAGGAGAUGAGGGAAUGAGAGAAAAUAUUUUUUGAAGAAGCAUUUCUGUAAAAUUAGAAAUUACUUUUUUUAAUCUAUUUAAAGUUUGGCUUGAAGAAUGCCAUUUCUAACUAUAUGGCCUUGUAUUGCAAAGCAGAUCAGUGGCUGGGGUGCCUGUUGUGGGUGUGAGUGUGUACAAGAGCGAUUGAAGCCAAAUCUGUUGUCAUGUUAGUAAAUGAUUUGAAAACUGAAUGUAAUACUUGAGUAGGUUUUUUUUUUUUUUCUAGUUUGAAAUUUAGUCUCUGUCUUUUUGACCUUACUAAUACUUCAUUCAACAAGUUGUAAAAUGAUUGUACCUGGAGAUGUGACUACCAAUCAGUUUAAUACUCAAGGAAAGGGGGUUAUUAAAAAAAUUGAAAAUUUCAUCUUGGACCUCAGUGCAUAGGCCAAAUGGAUUUCAGAGGUUUAAACUUCCCUGUGAUUCCCCCCCAACACCCCCAAAAUGAGAAACAAACAUUUUUUUCUUACUCCAUAUGUUACUCUCUGUUCUUUGACUGCCCACUCACAAAAGCAGAAUAACCAACUACCUACUGAAGUGUAUGUUUGUAAUUGCUUUGACCAGUCUAGUCAAAUCAUAUAAAUUGUUCUAAAUUUCAGAAUUGAACGUUGAAGUAUUUACUCUUCUGUUCACACAUUUAGAAUUUUAGCUUCCAAGAUGGUAGGGCAGACUGACCCUACAGUAAUUUAUUUGUUGUUAAUGUUAAAGAUGAAACAUAGUAACUGACUCUUGUGUUAAAUAAUGUAGACGUAAAAUAUUUUUUUAAAAAAGGCUUAAUUUAGAGGGGUACUUAUUUCUGUUUACAGUGUAUUUGUCACCUUCCUUUCCUCCUCUUCUCCCCCCACACCCAAAAAGUACAGUAUGGAAUUCACUGAAACAAUACCAACAAGUCAUGAGAUUUUUUAGUAAAGAUGAGAAAGAUGGUUGAAGAAAAUUAAUGCGUAAUUUCUCAGUGAAUAAAGUUGUAGCUGUCAUAUACUAAAUAGACAAGUUUACAUGGUGUUAUUUAGAAAAUGGCUAAAAUAUUAAAAACUGUGUUGUGUUAAUCUGUUUUAAGUCAUACCAUGUUCAGAGUUCUAUGUAAGGUGGGUUUUAUUUUUCUUUUAAGGAUAGUUUGUAAUAGUAAGAACUGUCCCAUAUGUUAGUAAAUUACAUAUGUACAAAUUGAAACUGUAAAUUGUGAACACUGGAAAGCACCAUUGUGACAUAGAGUAAACAUCUUAGUAAUAUAUUAAAGUGAAUGUAAAUGGUGGUUAAAAUUACAUUACUGUGAAAUUCAUCUUCCAACUCUAAGUUAAGCUUUGGAGAUAUAUAUUAGUGGUUAACUGUUAAGAGCUUUGAAAACACUGCACAUAUCUGUACAAGCCAGAAUUAUUAUUUCUUUGACUUAUUAUUAGCUUGGCAGUUGCUUUUGAUUUGGUUGUUUUAUGACAUGGUAUACUGUAUUUACUCAGUUUGAAACUAUUCAUUUCUACACACUAUUUUUAAAAAUUGCCUACUAGGUGAAACAUAACAAUAAAACUACCUGUGCUGAAAUUUGGGGGAAGUUUAGGUCCUUUAAAAAAAUAUAUUAAUCAUUGACUACAUCUAUGAUAAAAGUGCUUAUUUUGGUUUACUAAGAUAAUGCAGUUGGUGGAAAUAAUAAACAUUUUAAGUGUUAACAUCCUUUAACUGCAUUGGAUUUCAGAGAAUAAACAUUUUGUAAAAAUCACUUGGCAAGGAUUAUAAACUUAAUUACUGCACUUAAAAUGAAACAUUACUUUUUUUAAACAAUGUGUCACAAAUGUAGGCCUGUAUUACUUGUAUGCUUGUGUGACUUACUGUUAGUCCACCAACUUCUAAAAAUUUAAAGGCUGUAAUUGAAAUACAAGAAAAGAGCCUUCUUUUAGAAGAAAGCAGGUGUAUUUUUGCUUUUCCUUAACGUUAUUGAAAGUAGAAAUUUAAUUUGAAGAUAUGACCUUUAAAAAUUUCUUAAGACAAUGUUUUUAAUUUAAUUUGCCUCAUUACAUCUAGUAGUUCCCAUUUGAUGGGAUGUAUAGGGAAGAGUGAGAGAGAGUGAGUGUGUAUGUGUGUGUAAUAUUUAUAUAUAUUCACAGUAUGUAUUUAGCAUUUAUUUUAUUACAGCAGAUUUAAAAUUUGUAUCUAAAUAAUGCCUGUGAGUUGUGUGAAGCUGUUGGCUUUUUUCCAACAUUACUUUGUAACUAAUGAGGGUGGAUGUUCAUUGUAGUUUAUUUAUUUGGUUCUUUAGAUGGAGGAAUUUAAAUAAUCAAAUUUUUCUCUUCACCCUUAUGACUUGACAUUUCCUUGGUCUGUUGGAGGCUAAAAGUAGGUAUAAAUGAUACUGAAUGUUUGGUAUAGUGAUACUCUGCUGUAGUUCUUACUGCAUGAAGAGAACAAGAGUCACAAAAGUUCACCACCUUGCACUUCAUAAAGAAGGUACAUAGAGACAUUGCAAAACCUGUCUCCAUUUGCUGUCCUGAUAAUUGAGGUUUUCAUAAUACCUGGGGCCUGUCUCUGAGUAAUUUUAAUUUUGCCAAAUACACUGAUAUUUUAAAAAGUGAUCCAUCUAAAUUUUUUUCAACUGGAUUUUGAGGAAGGUAAGAGCUUUCGAUAAUAAGGGUUUGUUGUGGUAGUUGUCUUAUGUGCUGAAUUUGCAGAUGAUCAGAUGCUAUGCAGAAUUAUGAUUUAUUUUUGUUUCCUAAAAUUAAGAUAGCUUGAAUAUUAUUUCACAUUCCUUUUUCUUUUUUAAAUAAACAGGUUUGCUUUGGAAAGGCUUAAUGAUGGAAUGUUAGCAUCUUCACUAUGGUAAAGGAGAACAAAAAGAAUGUUGCUGGAACAUAAAAUAGUAUUUAAAAGUUAAUGAACACUUCUAGUUUUGUUAGUUAUGGCCUUAAUAAUUAGUCUCUUGGCUUAAAUGUCCACUGGUUUUACUUUGACACAGUUGAACAACACUGGGGUUAAGUCUCUGGUAUUUAGGCUGGCAAUAUAUUAACCAUAUUUUUAAAGUACCAAUUUUUUUUUUUUUUUUUUUUUACGGAAAAGAUAAAACUCAAAAGAGAACAGUGUAUUCCUUUUGAGGGACUUUUAUAAAUUAUUAACUAUAAUAUAUGAUGGAUUUUUUCCUAAUUUUUUAUAUUUCCUUACAAUUUUGGUGGCCAUUAAUUUAACUUUAGGCUUUUGGUCAUAUGCUAGUCUGAGCUUCCAAAAAGAUACAUACAUGUUUCACUUUUCAUUAGCUGAAUGAGGGUAUUUUAAGAAGUUGAAAGAGAAUUUAUUUUCAAGUUGUGAGUAAAUUCUCUUUUGAAAUUCACCUGAUUAUUAAAUAACUUAAAGUUUAUUUUUAAAAGCUGACAACUUUUUAUGAAUCUUUGAGCUAACAGUUCCUAAAAGCGUAAUUCAGAUAUUAAUGGGCUGUGUAUUAAAUGGUUUUAUUUUCAGUUUUGCAGCAUAGAACACUGUUGAAAUAUCCACAUCAACUUGAUUUUUUUUAACCUAAUUCGGGUGUCUUUGACAUCUCUUAAAUGUUGGGGGUGGGGGUCAGAGCCAGUUAUCCGGCUUCUGUUUUGUCAAUUGCUUAGAUUUGUUCCUGUUGUCAAAACUGUUGCCCCCAAAAUUGGUGUGACACAUGCUCAUGCAUAAAAUGUUAAAAUGUAUUUGUAUUUGUUUUCAACAUCGCCAAGGUGCUAUGGGAAAUUAAAGUAACAAAAUUAGAAAAAAAAUAAAGUUAUUAAAAAGCA